GGUGUCGGCCGCAUCCUCAGCGCGCGCCGACGCCGAACAGUCGGCCUCCAUCACUGCGCGCCACACAAAACUGCACAUCACCUCGCAACGCACAGAUGACCGUCGCCGCCCACCACGCCGACUCCGCCGAGAUGGGUUUCGACGCUACUGAAGACGACGUCUACGCCAGCGCCGCCUACGAACAGCAGGCGGCCCGGCAGCAGCGUGCCGGCAGCACCGACACCAUCCUGACGUCACGCAGCGGCUACGAGGGCACCCUGCGGCAGAGGAUGGGCAGCCGCCUGCGGAAGGCGUUCUCGCGGAAGACGCUCCUCAAGAGGCUGCCCGUGCUGUCGUGGUUGCCGCGCUACUCCACCGAGGAUGCCGUGGGGGACCUGGUGGCCGGCAUCACCGUGGGACUCACCGUAAUCCCCCAGUCGCUCGCCUACUCCAGCGUCGCCGGCUUGCCGCCACAGUACGGGCUGUACGGGUCGUUCAUGGGCUGCUUCCUCUACGUGCUGCUGGGCAGCUGCAAGGACGUGCCGAUGGGCCCCACGGCCAUCAUCUCGCUGCUGACGUUCCAGUCGGUGCGUGGCAUGGGCCCCGAGCACGCCAUCCUGCUCGGCUUCCUCACCGGAGUCGUCCAAGUUGUCAUGGGCAUUCUGGGACUCGGUUUUCUUAUCGACUUCAUUUCGGGCCCUGUGUCGUCGGGUUUCACGUCAGCGGCUGCACUCAUCAUUGUGACGUCACAAGUGAAAGAUGUCCUGGGCAUCUCGGCACAAGGAAACACGUUCGUGGAAAUGUGGCAGAGUCUGUUUCAGAACAUGUGGAACACUAAGAUGUAUGACGCUAUCAUGGGCUUUGUUUGUAUCGUUGUGCUGCUCCUGAUGAGGUUAUUAGCAAACAUCAAAGUAGGACCAAAGGAAGACGAGCAUAAGGAAACAAUCCACAAAGUGGUGAACAAAUUUUUGUGGCUUAUUGCAACCUCAAGAAAUGCCAUCCUAGUAAUAGUAUGUGGAAUUAUAGGGUAUCAGCUUUCAUUACUGGAUGAAGUACCUGUUAAUCUGAUUGGUUACAUACCAGCAGGUCUUCCAGCAUUCCAGUUACCACCAUUCAGUGUGACUAUAGAUUCUGGAAAUUCAACGGUUUCAUAUUCAUUUCUCGACAUGUGCUCAAAUCUUGGAUCUGGAAUAUUUGUUCUACCUCUGGUUGCACUAUUAGAGAACAUUGCCGUUUGCAAGGCAUUUUCAAAUGGUAAACCAACAGAUGCUACACAAGAACUACUCGCCAUUGGAGUCUGCAACAUUGGUAAUUCAUUUGUUCAAGGAUUUCCUGGAAGUGGUUCAUUGUCUCGUAGUGCUGUUAAUAAUUCAAGUGGUGUGAGGACAACUCUAGGAGGCCUCUACACAGGACUUUUGGUGAUUCUAUCGCUGCUCUUUUUUACCCAGUAUUUCUACUUCAUACCAAAAGCAAGCCUUGCAGCUAUUAUUAUUGCUGCAGUAAUAUUUAUGGUAGAGCUGCAUGUUGUUGUUCCUAUCUGGAAGACAAGCAAACAGGACCUCAUCCCUGGCUUUGCUACCUUUAUUGCCUGCUUGGUGCUGCAACUAGAACUGGGAAUCGUUGUUGGCAUUGGAGUGAAUAUUCUGUUUGUUCUCUUCAAUAUUGCAAGACCAAAAAUAAGAAUUGAAACCAAUACAACACUGGAAGGCGUGGAAUAUUUGGAAAUAACUCCUGACAGGUGUUUGAUCUUCCCAUCAGUUGAUUAUGUACGCAAUUUGGUGAUGAAGCACAGCAUGAGGAAUGACAUGCCUGUUGUCAUUAACUGCACUCAUGUAUUUAAAGCAGAUUACACAGCUGCCAAGGUUGUUGAAUGUCUGACACAUGACUUCUCAGUAAGACGUCAACCUCUCUUCUUCUUCAAUCUGAAGCCAAGCAUAGUCAACAUGUUCAGUGGUCUGCGCCCAAAGGACUUUAUUGUUUAUGACCAAGAAGAUGAACUGGAUAGUCUUAUUCGUGCUCAUGAGAAAUAUGCAGCUGCUUAUCAGAAUGCAGUGGAUCUCAGCAUCAUCUGUUCUGGAUAACUGAAGAGGAACCCCCACAAAGAAUAUUUCGCUCAUAUACACUCCUGUGUAUUUACAAACUAGUCAAACAAAUAUAAAGUUCCAAGUGUGUGAUGCAGUACUGUAUAAUAACAUGGCAAUAAACCAAAACACACACCUGCAGCUGCAGAAUUGUACUUUCUUGUGAGAUAUCAGUUCUCAAGAGUUAUUUUUGGUAUCAAUGUCUUACGGUUAUUUAGUCAUUCAGAUAAUAUUCAGAAUAAAGAAUUACUUGUUGCAUGAAGUAUUGACAGUAAUAUUCAUCACACUAUCCAAGUUCCUGUGUAGUUCUGAUUGAAACAAAGGGCUCAGAGCAAAUGAUAACAAAUGUGCAGUGGGAUGAAUGUUUAUAAACCUCCUCAGGAAAUUGCUUUUAUCAGUUACUACACAUUCAAUAUAAAAUUCUGACAAAUGCUUGUCCUCCAACCUGAAUCGCAGUGCCAACACUUUUUUUAAUGUAAUAUGUAUAUAAUAUUCAAUACUUGGGCUUAUACUCAAGAACAAAAUGACAGGGAAAGAUACAUAAAAGAAAAUAUAUAUCAAACAUUCUGACAAUGGAAAUUCCAUCUCACAAAAAUGAUGGAUUUUUGUAGCAACCUUUUUGCACCAGAUUGUAUGUGUGUAUAUUGUGACAAUAAUGGAUGGAGCACACAAUCCUAGUCAUGAAGAGGCAAUGAAAAAAUAUUUUAGUCUUAAUUAGAGCAGAAUUGUUAACUGCAUGUUUGCUGUAAGAAAUUAUAAAUUUGAAAUUAUCCUUUUAAAAUACAUAUUUCAUUCACCACAUAAUGCUAGUGUGCCUUGUAAGUGGUGUUCUUAUAAGAGUUUACGGUGCUCAUAAAUGCAUUCUUAUAAAUGGUGAAUAAUGCUAACAAAUAUGUAUAUGCUAUGACUCAAUAAAAUUUCAGUGUGGUAACUGAAAGUGUUUCUCUACUACAACUGGCCCAUUAAUGAAAAUAACAUGUCAUUAAUUCUUAAUGUAGAACUGUAGAGAUUGUGACAUUUUCUCAAGUUUAACUUGCACUACUACAAUGUAAUGUCCUGGAUCAGUGACAGUGUAUGCUUAGGUAUUAUAAAUAUGUCUAAUGAAGACAUUUUUAUCAAGUUAUUUUCCAGUUUCAUAACACUGUAAUUAAUUUGUUGGUAACUGAAUAAGAAUACUCAUUUAUCAAACAAUGGAAAAUUCAGGAUGGAAUGUAACCAUAUUUUGAAAAGGAAAAUUGCUACUCACCAUAUAGUGGAGAUGCUGAGUCACAGAUACGCACAACAAAAAACUGUCACAAUAUGAGGCCUUUUUCAACAUGUUUCACAGAUAGAGGUAGACAUGUCUUGUGAUUUGGAGACCAGAGUGUUGGCUUAUUUUGCAUAAUUGCCUUUGUUGAAAAAGGCCUUAUUGGCUGAAAGCUUAUAUUGUGACAGUCGUUUUUUUUGUGCCUACUUGUGAUUCAGCAUCUCCACUAUAUGGUGAGAGGCAACUUUCCUUUUCAGAAAACUCUUUUGCUGUGGGCAAAUUUCUUCUUAUCAUAACUUAUUCUGUAUAAAAAAUUUCCUCUUGCUUCCAAUUAUUUCACUUUACAGUAGUCACAUAGUGUGCUCCCAGCUUAUUGUAUUUAUUCUUAGUUCUGCUUACUGUUUUGCAGAAACUGUGAUUUUUUAUUGAAAAUUUUCACUGA